UUUAAAUAACUUAAAAGUAUGGGAAACAAACAUUCUACACAGAUUCAAGCUUCUCAGGAAACUGAAAAGAAUAAGAACACUUUAACCAUGCCUAAAAAGACUAAAAAGUCCAACAAGAAGGCUCUCAAGGGCAAGGCAAAAGCAGAUUCCAACUCUAAAGUCAAUAUCCCCAAAGAGUACUCCGACCCUGCCCAUUUCGAAAUUAGCGACGACGAAGAAGCCGAGGACCUCUACCAACAACCAUCCUUCCUUCGCCGCCAUACUCCUCUCCUUGUCUUCAAGAACAAAUAUUGCCAGGCAAAGUAAAUCUGCUCUGGCCUAACCGGUAAUAAACCUCAGUUAAAUAAAUUCGGAUGGUUUCCUGAUUAACUGUACAAGCUUCACUUCUGGAAGGGGAUCUGAAGAAGUCAUCCACACAAAGAGGCAACUUACCGGAUCUAAUAUCUUA